AUGGACCGCACGGUGCGUGCAGAAGUCGCCGCUGAUGAACGUGAAGUCCUGAGCGACCCGGGCGCGGACGAUGACCUCGACGGCGACUGGAUGAGCGACGAGAACCCGCAGGUCCUGGGCGGCGAGGAGUUUACAGACUUGAAGAAGUUCGACGUAUUUUUGGCGCAAGCGCGCAGCCAGCUGGAUGUGUACUGGCAGUACGAGUUGCCGAUACAGCACCUAGUGCUCGCACAUGCGUGCGAACUCGCUGCCGACCGGCAAGACGUGUCCAAGCUGUCGGCGGACGCUCUCGCUGUUGUGCACGCGAACUUGAUUUUCGCACACCUGCUACAGCAUGGCAUCGACCCGACAACUGCGGCCGCGGAGCUGCGGGUGUCUUACGUGACCACGAGUCUCGACAGCGUGCGCCUUUACCUCAUUCGCGGACUUUGGACUGAAUUAUUGCGUUGCGAUGCGUCAGACGAUGACGACUUCAACUUUGCCGUCGGCGCCUUCCAGAAAGAUAUACGAGCCGCCGACGGCGGCGGAGCCGCCGCGGCGGCGCAGCUGCCGGCGCACUUGGUGAUUCCGGCGGAACCGUUAAGGGUGAUGUGCACUUUGGCAGGCGACUUCGUGUCAUGGUUGAUGGCUACGGGUGCUCCGGCGGCGGCGGAGGCAGCGGGUGGGAGCACGGAGGUCGUGACGGUGCGGUUGUUGAACAGUUCCCUGCACAACAUGUUUGACGCUCUGGAGAUGCCACGCGGAAAGUUCCGGGAAUUGUCGGGUACGCGUGCAGGAACGGGCGCAGGAACGGGCGCAGGGACGGGCGCGGGGACGGGCGCGGGAGUUUUGGGUACGACACGGCGUUGGACUCACGCGACGGACCCCGACUUCGGUGUGUUGGAGUAUUCGUUGCUAGAUGAGGUGGCGCACAAGCCUUCAUUUUUCCACCAGUUGGAGAACAUCCGUCGUGAGCCAGAAGGCGUGAGUUUGUUGUUGCCUAGUCGCGUGGAGCGGAUGGUUGCGGAGCUGAGUCUUCGGCGUGCCGCUACGGACACCUUCCGAACGCAGUUGUGUGAGACGUUGUGCGACUACCGGCGUUUUUACGACCAAGAGUCCUUGCCGUUGGCGCUGGAGUUGUGGCAGAAGGUUGCAGAACUGUUGGUGCUUACACCUACACGGGCGACCCCACAGGCGCUGCAGGUGGCACAGCUGCAGUCGCUGGUGGCGCUGCCGCUGCUCCUGAACGGUCCCGUGGCGCAGUGCGACCUGCUGCGCCACUUUAUCGCCAAGUCCGUCGGCGCACUCUUCGAGCGCUGUUUCCAGGAAGCACUCCAAACCAUCCGUAACCCCACGGAACAAGAGACCUGGUUCCUCCCGCGACUGGCCGAGCUAGAUGAACUACUGGCCGUGGACGACGAAGACCGCGACCAGGAUGGACGAGACCCGGAGCAGGAGGGGGACGCGGCGGAGGUAGAGAAAGCGUGGGCGGCGGUGGUUCACAAGUUCGGGGUAGCUAGUCAGAAGUUCAUUGCGGAAUUGCGCACUGAAAUUACUUACUUCUCGGAAGUCUGGGCGAGUUUAUUGCCGGGUAACCAACACGCGAUGGUGGUGGUAUUCGUGGCGGAAGGUCGACUACGGGACAUGUUGGCAGAGUUGCGGCAGUCGCCGUUCUGGCCAGAGGACACAUUGCCGCCUUCUAGUGCGGGCAUAACGGCGUCGUUGCAUAAAUUUGAGGUGUUGUUGAACGAAGUGCGCUUGUGCGCGCGUUUCGAGAACCUGUUAACAGAGAACGAGCCGUUGGGAGCGCCGUUUAGUGCCUCAAUUGCGUCUGCACUUACACGGCGGCUGCGUUCGGUAGAGCCGCUCUUGGCCCGGUGUCUGGUUGACGACUGGACGCCAGUCGACCCGCCUGGUAGUUUAUGUAGUGCUGGUGCGGUGGACUUCUUCCAGUUCGUGCACCACGUACUAGACGCCGUCUGGGAGUACGAAGCACCUCCCGAGUGGGUGAUGCCGAUCCUGCUGCAGUUCCUGGUGCGCAUCGCGCACCGAUUCGCCGAGCACACACGUGCGACAGUUGCCGAGCCACGUCUCGGCUACAUCGCACACUACGCAGAUCAGGUCGUCGCCAACCUUACUAACCCACUACCACGUGUAGACGUCUCACUUCUGGGCCAACUUAUGGGCAAGCGAAAGCAUAAGGGCAUCAAAGGUUUCUUCGGUCUCAAAGGUCAGACGAAAACCAAGCCAAGAGUUACGCCUCCUGCUGGCGACAGCCCCACGGCGGCCGAACUCCCGGAAGAUCUGUUGCUGGGGCCCGACGGCCAACUGCCCCCUGAAAUUGCCGAGGAACUCAAGGACCUGGCAGCGCGGAUUGGGCCCCAACUGGCGCUCCAGCUCUACGGCAUCGCGGGCGCCCUGGAGGCGCCCGCCGGACCGACAGGGGCAGGACCGACAGGGGCAGGACCGACAGGUGCGGGUCCAACAGGGGCAGGGUCGGCGGGGGCCAAGGGUUGGUUAACACGGCUACACAAUCUGUGGUAUUUCCAAGGUGAGAUCGGGUCGUUGGCCACACGUGUGCUCCAAGUGGCUUCGACGCAGGCCAAGGGACGCGCCGCGGCUGAGGCGUCGGAAGUGUUGCAGGCAAUGGAGCGUGCUGGCGGUCGCAAGGUGGUAUUACAGCAAUUUGAUCAGAACGAGGAAGAGAACUAUCAGCUGUGGCAGAGUCAGUUGAUGGAGACAGUGACGCAGUGCCGACAGGCUAUGUUUGUGGGAGCGGCGGAGGUCUGUCGCUUCUGCGCGUUGCGAGUGGUCUAUUACGAUUUGUCCUGCGACCUGUUCGAAGAGCUCUACCAGCCGAGCAUCCAGAAGGGACACACUCUUGCGGACUUGGUGGCUGCACUUGACGGCACAGUGAUGAAGUUUGUAAAUGCCACACCCGCAACGUUCCAGGAAAUGCUUCUACACGAGAUACUCGUGAAUCUCAACAAAGCUUGGCUGCUGCUGGUCACGGAACUCGGGUACAGCGGCCACCAGUUCGAGGCUGAAGACCUGGAGGUUCUAGCCGCAGACCUGGCGAGUCUGAAAGCCUUCGCGAAAAAGUACCAAGCAGACAGCCGGCUUGAAACCGACGAGGGGGCUCCCGUCGACGUCGGCGAAUUCAUCACCUUCCUCAGCAACUCUCCCAACGUACUUGCACAACUAGGAGGCAACUACGACAAAAAGAAACCCGCCCCUGCCGCCGCCGCGCCCGCUGCUGCUGCCGAUGGCGACCAAGACGACGAAGACGUUAAGAAUAUGUUCGCAGGACUUGGCGCCGCCACCUCGCCUGCCUUCAAGGCCGAGGAAAUCGUUGGCAAGUCCAAAAAGAAAAAAGGCGUCUUUGGGGGCGCCAUGAAGCUAUUGAAGAUCAAAUAA